AUGUUUCGUCCUGCCGCCAGAGCGCUCGCGCGCUCGCCCGCUGUCGCGGCCCGUACUCCGGCGACAACCCGAUUGAUAAGCACUGGUCCGACACCGAAAUCCAGAAGCUUGAAGAGCAGUGUGCUUCGCUUGGGUCUGGCUGGUGGUGCUAUCUACUACUACAACACUAGCAGCGCUUUCUCCGAGGAGCCUUCCUUCUCCGUUCUCUCUCACCUGCGAAAAGAUAACGCCUCCGACGCAUCCUCCCAAACUCUCGAUUCCAUUACCCCCAAGAUUCGGGAAGAGCGGGCUGCUGCUAAGGCUCUCGAAGGUGGCCUCAAUGCUCAACAGCUCGAAGAGGAGGCUGGUCAACAGGCCGCGUUUAACCCUGAGACUGGCGAGAUCAACUGGGAUUGCCCCUGCCUGGGUGGUAUGGCGCAUGGCCCAUGUGGAGAGGAGUUCAAGGCGGCUUUCAGCUGCUUCGUGUACUCCGAGGAGGAGCCUAAGGGCAUGGAAUGCAUUGACAAGUUCAAGGGCAUGCAAGAUUGCUUCCGUCAACACCCCGAAAUCUACGGCGCCGAGUUAGAAGACGACGAUGAGCCUGAGACUGGCGCCCCUGCCUCCUCCGAACAACCUCCGGCUGCUACCGAGCAGCAGGACCUCCCUGUCCUCGAAGAGCAGCCUGUUCUCGCCCAGGAAGACAACACUGAUGUGGCGGCUAUUUCCGUGGCCGCCGAGGCUGACAUCCUGCUUCCUAAGGCCGCUCACGACGUAGAGGAGAAGACCCAGUAG